AUGCAACUCACCACAACCCUCCUCGCCUUGAUCGGAGCAACCGCAUCCCUCACAGCAGCAAGCGCCAUCCUCUCCGAGCGAGCCACGAUCCCAGCCCCCUGCGAAAUCCAAACCGACCCUCUAAGCGACGACGAAGCGCAAAAACGUUUCAAAGAAUUCACCCAAGCCUUCGUCGUUAAGAAGGAUGUUUCCAAAGGAUUUGAAUUCAUCGCUGCAAAUUACGUUAACCACAACCCCAAAGCCGCAACCCGUGAUGCAGCUUGGGCGAACAUGUCUCCCAUUUGGGAUAAUAUGGCCACUCAACCUUUGAGGAGCAAGUGGAUUGCUCCGUAUGCGUAUUUGCAGUGGCAGGCGGAUGUGGGGUUGAUUACGGAUAGGUUUUUGUGGGAUGGGGGAUGUAUUGUGGAGCAUUGGUAUCAGGGAGAGUCGUGGCCUGCUUGA